UGUAAUACCCACCUUGCGUGCACUAUCAUCCACGCGGUGAUUAAAAUCCAAAAGAAAUAAAUUUUAGCAAUUAGUAAAGUAAUAAAUAAAUUAAUGCGCGUGCUUGAUGUGCUGCAGGAGCAGGAGAUAUCCACCACGUGAAGACAGCAAAACACUCGAAAGUACGACAGCUGCAGCUCGGGCCGUUUAAGACAUGUUGACGCACAAAACUUGUCAGGCACGAAAAAAAAUGCAGGUUUCCUUUGUGAUACGAGACGCAGAAGAGAAACAGCAUCGGAAUGGCGUUAACGCACUGCAAUUGGACGCCAACAACGGCAAGUUGUACUCUGCAGGCCGUGAUGCCAUUAUUCGUGUAUGGAAUACACGCACAGAUUCCAGUGACAAGUACAUUCAGUCAAUGGAGCAUCACAACGAUUGGGUCAACGACAUAGUGCUCUGCUGUAACGGCAGAAAUUUAAUCAGCGCUAGCUGUGAUACCACUGUAAAAGUGUGGAACGCACACAAAGGAUUUUGUAUGUCAACGCUUCGCACGCAUCGGGAUUACGUGCAGGCACUGGCGUAUGCAAAGGAUCGGGAACAAGUCGCCAGCGCCGGUUUGGACAAAGCAAUAUUCCUGUGGGAUGUUAACACGCUUACUGCGCUAACUGCCAGCAACAACACCGUUACAACUUCUAGUCUGACAGGCUCAAAAGACUCCAUCUACAGCCUGGCCAUGAAUCCCUCCGGCACAGUCAUUGUUAGCGGCUCAACAGAGAAUAUUUUACGCAUUUGGGAUCCGCGCACUUGCAUGCGCAGCAUGAAACUGCGAGGACACACAGAGAAUGUGCGCUGCUUGGUUGUAUCGCCCGAUGGCAACCAGGUAGUCUCCGGCAGCUCGGACGGCACCAUCAAGGUUUGGAAUUUGGGCCAACAACGUUGCAUUCAGACCAUUCACGUUCAUAAAGAAGGAGUUUGGUCAUUGCUUAUGAGCGAAAACUUUCAGUAUAUUAUAUCGGGCAGCAGAGAUCGUAAUAUAAUAGUAACUGAAAUGCGUAAUCCCAGCAACAAGAUGCUUGUCUGUGAAGAGAAAGCGCCUGUACUAAGUUUGGGCUAUAACAUAGACAAGACCGGAGUGUGGGCAACUACCUGGAACUCGGACAUACGUUGCUGGAAGCUGCCGAUGUAUGACAGAUGUACGCUUAACUCAGGCGGCAUGGAUGCCCAAUGGAGUAUGGGUGGCACUGAACUAGCAUGUAUUAAAGGCGGCGCUGCCAUCAAGGAAUGCACUGUGCUUAACGACAAGCGCUAUAUAAUAACUAAGGACUCGCAGGACCAAGUGGUGGUUUAUGAUGUGCUGCGUGUGGUCAAAAAAGAGGAACUAGGCGCUUUGGACUACGAGGAGGAGGUUAAAAAGCGCAAUAAACAAGUCUACAUUCCAAACUGGUUUACGGUUGAUUUAAAAACCGGCAUGCCAACAAUAGUCUUAGGCCAGGAGGAGGUGGAUUGUUUUGCUGCCUGGGUGUCCAUAGAGGCAGGUCUGCCAGAAUGCGAUGAACCAACGACGGAAAUAAAGAUAAACUAUGGCAAAUUGCUGCUGGAGGCGCUGCUUGAGUACUGGACACCACCACAUAGCAUACCGCCAAAUGAAAUGGAGCCAGACCAGCGUGGCAAUGGCUACUUCCAAGUGCCCAAGCAUACACCUGUUAUAUUUAGUGAGGUGGGCGGUCGCACAGUCUGUCGCCUGCUGGUGCGUGAUGCUGCGGGAGAUAGCGAGAGUACGUUGCUGCAUGAAACGGCGCCACCAUGGGUGACGGAUGUUGUGAUUGAACGGAAUAUACCUAAAUUCCUCAAAAUACCCUUCUUCCUGCAGCCACACCCACAAAUGACCAAACCAGAGCGUACUAAAAAGGAUCGUCUGGUGGCCAACGAGUUCAUACAAUGUCGGAAGGUGUGCGAACAUGUUUUGGAGAAGGUGCUCAAUGCGGAGACUACGCCCAGUGGCGGUGGCAGCAAUGCUGUUAAUAACUCACUACAAAAUAGUCAAAGUGAUGCCAAUUCGGAGGGAUCUCAGCUGCCAGCAGAGGAGCGCAUUGAGCUAUGGUGCAAUGAUGUGGUUGUUGAUCCAAAUAUGGAUCUGCGCACAGUGCGUCAUUUUAUAUGGAAGCAAUCGACUGACUUAACAUUUCAAUAUAAAACCAAGCAAAACUUUAAUUUUGAUGGUUCGAUCGGCGAUAGCUUGGAGCGUGUGACUCGCAAGUAUUGAGCGCUUCAAAUCUCAAAGAGAACGGAAGAGAUACCAGAGUAUUGUGCUUUACCUAUGGCGUUGCUUAACCACAGACGCAUGUGAUUUUAUGUUACAAGUUCAUUCAAUUAAUUGUUUGUUUGUACACAAGUUCAAUGCAUGUGCAUUAUUUUGUUUUUGUUUAGCAAAUUAACAGUUGAAACAAAAAACGAAUCUUUUCACAAUAUUGUAAAAUUUGCAACAGUGCAUAACAAGUGCGUAUAUUUGUAACCAUUCUUAUAUUUACAUAAAGCUACAUAGACAUUUAUAAACAUAUAAGUAUAAAGAAAUUUCAGAUCUUCUUCAGUUUUCUUUUUUUGGAAAUGCAAGUUGAGAAUGGCGGCUCGUAUAUAAUACAAAAAAUUGUGUGUCUGUCAAGAUUUUAGGCGCCUAGGCGAUUUUUAGUUAUUUACUUAGAUUCGUAUAC